UUUGAUUUGGAAUCAUAUUUACAACUCAACUGUGAGCGGGGGACAUGGCGAUGUCCUGUAUGCAAUAAAACAGCAUUGUUAGAAGGACUUGAAGUGGACCAGUACAUGUGGGGAAUCUUGAACGCCAUCCAAAACUCGGAAUUUGAGGAAGUGACCAUUGACCCGACAUGUAGUUGGCGGCCUGUUGCUAUCAAAUCUGACAUCCACAUCAAGGAGGAUCCAGACGGACCACUGGCGAAGAGGUUUAAGACUAUGAGUCCCAGCCAGAUGAUCAUGCCAAAUGUGAUGGAGAUGAUAGCUCAGCUCGGCCCUGGACCCUCGCCGUACCCGUCUCAACAAGGGAGCAACAGCGAAUACAGCAGCCAAGGCAACAGUUACCACGGGAACUUUGAUUUCCCUCACGGCACCCCUGGUGGUACAUCCAUGAAUGACUUCAUGCACGGCCCCCAACUGUCUCAUCCGCCUGACAUGCCCAACAGCAUGAUGACGCAAGACAAGCCACUCUCACACAAUAUGCCUGACUCAAUACCUCACUCUGCCAGCAACGACCCGUCACAUGGUCCACUGCAGCAGAGCUUACAUGCGUCUCCACACCCUGGGAGCCAAUCAGGGCAGCAGCUGCACCACGGCGGGCAUCCGCAGCCCUCGCGACAACCUCCACCUCCUCAGCAACAGCAGCAACAGCAACCUGGCCCCAACAGCCAUCCCCAUGGCGACCUCACCUUUAACCCCUCCAGUUUGGACAGCCAAGCUGGUUCGGACAUGCCCGAGCCAUCUUUAGACCUUCUACCAGAACUCGCAAACCCAGAUGAGCUGCUGUCGUACCUGGACCCCCCCGACCUCCCCAGCAAUAGCAACGAUGACCUUCUGUCACUCUUCGAAAACAACUGAGGCGAUUCAGACACACACACAAACUUUUUCUGACUGCCUGCAGUUUCCCUGAGAACCCGGAGCGGUCGCUCAGUACUUGAUAAACACAAAGAUGCACUCCCUUUCUCUUCUUCCUCUUGUACAGUUUUCAUUCGCCAGCGCAGAUUGACUGAAAGAGGUUCAAACUCAAACACACAGUGGGAAGCUCACCCCGCGGCGAUACCUUUGAACUGUGCAGCUAUACUCAGUUGAUUUUUUUAAUGCCACACACAUGUGUAUGUGUGCACAUUAGAAACACAUUGUAGCAUUUUCUUUUUUUAUUAUUAUAUUUUGUUUCCUUUUGAGAAGAAAAAGGAAUUAAGUGUAAACAAAAUUUAAAACAAAAAAAAACAAAAAAAAAGAAGAAGAAAAAAAAAAAUACUUGCGCUAUCUGGCCAGUGUGCGUUAUGUCCAUAUUGUUAUUCCAAUCUGAGAGGCCACAGCUUCCUGGUGUCACAGCUCCAUUCCCCCGACUGGUCUGGUUAGUCGCAAUGUUUUGUCCACCACACAACAUCUAAAAAGCACAAGAGAUUUAGGCAAUGCAAAAAAAAAAACAAACAAACAGAAAAUAUACAUCAGUGUGUACAAAUGAAAAUCAGUUAGAUCCGUGUAUAUCUGUCCUUGUCAAAAAAGUUUUAUAAAAACAACUUUUGCUCUUCUGGCAAAGAGUUUUGAGAGUGAUCGGCUUCCACUUUGUCUACAAUUGUGAUACAUACAUAUUUUUGUCAAAAAGAGAUCCAACCCUGCUUUUCACUCGUGUAAGGGUUAACAACUGGAAUGGAGAAGAUUUUGGCCUCACUAAAAACAAACAAACAAAAAAGGUUUAUAUUAGAUAACAAGAAGAGCAUAUGUGUGCUUCUACAUAUUGUAUAGUGAUCAUCCUCCUGUACAGCGGAGUGAUUUGGAUGGAAAUGAAAAGAUUGGGCUCCUUCUGACCAUUUACUGCUUCCUGCUCUAACUCCUUCUGUGCCCCUUUGCUCUGCAUGAGCCCCAUUGUUACUCGGGUCAGCAAUUUUUGCAAAGUUGCAUCUCUUUCCCUGUUAAAUGAUGUGCUGUUUCAGUAGUCUACAGAAGUGCAUGUGUGCCAAGCCCUUGUCUAGUGCUGUUCCAAGUGGUUUUAAAAAAAAGAAAAAAAGAGAGAUAUAGUGUGUUUUUUCUCAGUUUGCUGUUUCCACAGCGUUUCCUUUGUUUGUUUGUUCUUGAUUUCUGUCAGAUUUAGUAUGAUUUAUUUAACACUAACACUGAAGGGAUAAUGCCGACAUCAGCGAUACAUUUAUCAUGUGUUUGCCAGAUAUACGGUAUUAUAUAUUUUUGUUGUUUUUCUAUUAUUUUUUUUUUUUUGUCGCUGCAUAAUUAAAAACUAUCCACAAAUUAUUUGGGAAACUACGCAACAUCACCAAAGUUAGAGAGAUGAGAAUGGAGAUGUUUGUGUUGAUUGGUCCUGCGUUAGACUGUGUGUGUGCGUGUGUGUGUGUGUGUGAGAGAGAGUGUGAGGUAAUAUUGAUUUCAAAGAUAUAGGAGAGGACAAAUACAGUUUAUCCAUCACUGCUGUUCAAGAAGUGUUUUUUUUUUAAGCAGUAUUGGUGCCAACAUUUAGCCACGUUUGUUUUCAUUUUCACUUUUUGAGAAGAGUGCUGUUCAGUAUGCAAAUGUAUUAUUUUUGAAGAAAAUGCUAUUGUACUGUAAAUAUCAUUGUGAAUAUUUUUGUAUCAUCUUGGUAAUAUUUGUCCUUUGAUCAUUAGUCGUCCAAACGUAACCACAUUUGCUCCAGAACUCCCAUCUGACCACUGACUCUGUUUGUAACCAGCGUACGGCGGCUGCCUCGCCACCUGUCCAAACAUCUCAUAAGCUAUUUCCUGCAAGUCAUCGUGCUUUCUCGUCACUUUCCUCCCGGUGUACUCUGUCUUGCACUUGUCCAGUAUACACAGUUUUCCCAUCUUCCAUGUGGUCUCCUGUCGAGGUGGAUCGUGUCGCAUCAUUUCAUGUUUCAGACCUUAAGCUCAGUUUGAAGCAAUAUUUUUCUUCCAUGCUCAGAUGUGUUUGAAUCAAAAAAAAGAAAAAGGAAAGAAAAAGGUCACUGUCGUGUACUCAUGAAUAUAUGUUCACAUUUUUUAUCAGUGAAACCAAACAGUGAUUUAAACAGUGGUUUAAAAAGAUGUGGUAUCAACUGGCUUUCAGUAUAUUUAGUGAGCUAUGUGAAUAUCAUAAUUGUUGCUAAUUGUCAAUACGCAGUGGUAUUUUAAAGAUAUAUCACCACCAUAUUUUAAAGAAAAUCAUCAUAUUGUUUAUAUUUUAUAGAAAAAUGAGACCAUUUACAUUUUUUAUCCCAUUUUGUUUUGGUAAAUUAUUUUGUACUGCUUUUCUUAUGAAUCUGUAAGGCUAGAAAUCCAAUUUCUUUCAAUUUGCAGCAUUUGACUGAUUUAACCACCCCCUGAUUUGUGUCAGCGUUAUUUUAAAUGCCUUUUACGAAAUAUGAUUUGUUCCACUUCAGCACACUGACGUUUCCCAUGCAGACAUCACGUUUUGAAAGCAAUUCACUGUUUAAAAAACAACAACAAAAAACAAACAACUAUCCAAAUUGAAAUGUUUAAUCCAUCCCACUGAAUCCACGAUGCUUUAUUUUGGUCUUACUUUGAAGUGAGCCACUUCAGUGUAUUAGGCAGCACCCCGAAUCUGUAGUUGCACAAUCAUGAUACAGGGCCAUUUUUCCCGGGGGAUGUUGUUUUAAAAAUAAAUGAAUAAGUUCAAAAACAAACAAAAAAUACAGAGAGGAAGGGCACGUCUGUCACUCUGGCCUGGAAAAAGGAUGCUGAGGGCAAGGCUAGGUCAAACGUCCCAAGAAUGCCUGUAUAUAUGUAAAUGACUGUAGAGACAUGUGAACAGAAAUGUAUUCAUUUUCCCUGGGAAUGUGCAUUGUUUCUUCAGAAUAAUAAAAAGCUUGCAACCCCUCUA